CUCUCCCGUUCUUGCAAACAAACUCUUCCACCUGCUGCUUCCAUGCGAAAUGGCUCCAAUCGACGAACUUUGAAAUCACAUCUUCUCCCCAGUUUUCUCAGUGUCUGUGUGUGUGUUGUCCCCCCUCUUUCCCACGGUAUCGCAUCCACAUUUUCCCGAUCAAGCGCGACGGUAAAUCGCCAAAAUCCUUUCUCUCUUUUCCUUUCUACAUUUAGCUUGCUUUCUCCAGAUAGGAUUCUUCCUAUGUCCGUCGGAGUUUGAUCCCGAAUCGCGAUUCAUCCUUGAAAAGAAGAAUUUCCAUCCAUAGCCAGGUAAAGAGCUUCGUCUGAAUCUGAUCUAUCAGGCUGGUUCAUCGAGAAGCAAUGAUUUUGGCAAUUAGGGAAUUAGGGUUUCCAAACGAUUGAUUGUUUGGAACCAAAAGUCCGGGAUAUUGUAAGUGUCUUCACGUGCGCACGCAAUCUCUGCAAGAUUCUUCGUCUUCUCCAUCUUUUCGCCAGAUCGUUGUCAUCGUGAAUGGGAUCAACGGCCAUAAAAUUUCCCGGACCAAAUAUCAGCUCUAAUGGAUUCAUACAGUCUGUUACUGCUGCUGUGUGGCGUCCCCGGCGACCAGACGACCGUCUUCCUGCUCCUAACAAGGACGAAGGCAGUAGCAAAAAAGAAGGCUCCAGCAAGAAAGACGUUUCCAAAGGUGAAGAUUCUGAAGGAUCCAAGAAUUCCGAUGGUCCAACCCCAAACACCCCACCUGCUACAGUCAAGAUGGGGAACGAUGGCCAAGGGAAACCAAUGGUGCAUGAGAAAUCGAUCAAACCUGAAAUGCGAGAUGUUCCCAUUACUAACAAGCCAGGGGAGGAAGCCAAGCCGAAGAAACCCGCACAUGUGAAGAGGUGUUCUAGUGCAGGGCUCCAAGUAGGAUCAGUGUUAGGGAGGAAAACAGGAAACUUGAAGGAGAUUUAUAGUCUGGGGAAAAAGCUAGGGCAAGGCCAGUUUGGCACCACUUUCCUUUGCAUUGAGAAAGCAACCGGGAAGGAGUUUGCUUGUAAAUCGAUUGCGAAGAGGAAGUUGACCACCCAGGAAGAUGUGGAGGAUGUUAGGAGGGAGAUUCAGAUUAUGCACCACUUGGAAGGGCAUCCUAAUGUGAUCAAGAUCAUAGAGGCUUACGAGGAUGCAGUUGCAGUUCAUGUCGUGAUGGAGCUUUGUGGAGGUGGGGAGCUCUUUGAUAGAAUCAUUCAGAGAGGGCACUACACGGAGAGAAAGGCAGCGGAGCUUGCUAGGCUGAUAGUUGGUGUUGUGGAAGCUUGCCAUUCUUUGGGUGUUAUGCACAGGGACCUGAAGCCUGAGAACUUUCUGUUUGUUAAUCAGAGAGAGGAUGCAACGCUUAAGACAAUCGACUUUGGGCUCUCCAUGUUCUUUCGGCCUGGUGAAAUGUUCACUGAUGUUGUUGGGAGCCCCUACUACGUAGCACCUGAGGUGCUGCGUAAGCAUUAUAGUGCCGAAUGUGAUGUUUGGAGUGCUGGUGUUAUCAUAUAUAUCUUGUUGAGUGGAGUCCCACCAUUUUGGGAUGAAACGGAGCAAGGAAUAUUUGAACAGGUUUUGAAAGGCGACCUAGAUUUUGUUUCCGAACCAUGGCCAAACAUAUCAGAGGGUGCUAAAGACCUAGUUCGAAGGAUGCUUGUUAGAGAUCCUAAAAAGCGCCUAACAGCCCAUGAAGUUCUCUGCCACCCUUGGGUACAAGUGGAUGGGCUUGCUCCAGAUAAGCCUCUUGAUUCUGCUGUUAUAAGUCGCUUGAAACAGUUCUCAGCCAUGAACAAGCUGAAGAAAAUUGCUAUACGGGUUAUUGCUGAAAGCAUGUCUGAAGAGGAAAUUGCAGGCUUGAGACAAAUGUUCAAAAUGAUAGAUGCGGAUAAUAGUGGAAAUAUCACUCUCGAGGAACUAAAGAACGGGUUGGAAAAAGUGGGUGCUAAUCUCAAGGAGAGUGAAAUUGUCGGGUUGAUGCAAGCAGCUGAUAUUGAUAACAGUGGCACGAUUGACUAUGGAGAGUUCAUAGCUGCAAUGAUCCACUUGAACAAAAUACAGAAGGAAGAUCAUCUGUUUACAGCAUUCUCAUACUUUGACAAAGACGGGAGCGGCUACAUUACUGCUGACGAGCUCCAACAGGCCUAUCUUCAUAUUAUGGACAUAAUCAAUGAAGUUGACCAAGACAAUGAUGGGCGCAUUGACUACAGCGAAUUCGUGGCUAUGAUGCAAGACUCAACAUUCAGACCAGCAGGAAAAUAAUCCAGGCAGACCACCUGUUCCUUUGGCCUGGGUAUGGUAAAUCACAAACUUAGUCAGUAGCUAAUUAUGUCUAGUUGAGAUUUACUUGUCGUUAGUUUCUAGAUUCUGGAUUACAACCACAAUUGUAUGUAAAGAUCAGGCAGGUUUCAGUGAGAGGGAAAGAUUGGG